GGUGGGGCUCUGUAUACUUACACUAGCUAUACCGGUAUAUACAGUGGAACAUCUUUUGAAGCUUUUCAAUGGCUAGUAGCUUACAAGGUCUGCUCAAGUCAACUCCUGUCCCUGGUCUGGAAGGUCGUGAAGCUUCAGCUUCAAACUGCCUUAACCAAAGUGACCUGAAACAAGUCUACACAGCCGUGUUUAAGGCUCGGGCAAAGUGGAGAAGGAUUGGCUUGCAAUUGGAGCUAGCUCACGGAGACCUCGAAGCUAUUGAUUCGCGUUAUCGGAACCCUGAGGAUCAACUUGAGCAAGUCUUGGCUAAAUGGUUGAACAGAGGUGAGGCCACAUGGAGGCAGCUGUCUGAAGCUCUGUACUCUGUGCCUGUUGGAGAAACUGCCUUGGCCAAACAAGUCAGAAUGGAACGUUGCCAACAAGAUGUGCCUGAUCUUGGUGUGACGAGUGAUGGUGCCCAACAAAUGGAGAGUGACAUUAGCUCUAUGGAAGAUGAGUACGCACUGUUAUCGUUGAAUAUAAGAAAGUCACUGAAAAGAAGAGAAAUCCGUCCACAAGAACUGUCUGCAUUUAUACUGAGUUUUCAGAGCAGACGUGGUUCAUUAAAAAGGAACGGAAGUCUCUUUAUUAGUAGCUGUCAACAGGAGCUGAAUACCGCUGAUACAAUAGAUGCUGUGUUUGUGAUUGUAUCACAAUUCUGGUCCUUCUUGGAUUACAACCUUCUUGAAAAAGUCGUUAAAGCAUUUGGAGACGAUAGUGACAAGGAGAAAUUUGCCGAUUAUAUUAAAGCCCUCCAAGAUUUCCUGUCUGACUGGAAAGUAGAGCCACACAAAAUUCAACGCAGUGAAUGUCCAACAACAGCAGUUAAAUUGUGUUUCAAGCUUGACGGUGAUUCUCUACCAUAUCGAGACAUUAGAGUCUCAAUUGCAAGAAUUUUUAAGGUUCAUGUAUCAAAUGUGCUGAUCGAAUCGAUUGAUAAUGGCUGUACAAAGCUGGUGUUCUUGUUGCCAAGAGAAGUUGUUGUACUCCCUCUCAAUGCAGAGCAAAGAAAAGAAAUAGCUGAACUCACUCCGUCUGUACUACACGUUCUGCUACUGGAUAGAUGUGAAGAGCACACUUUAUAUCAGAGUGAGAAGGCACUGGCCACAUCACCUGUUGAUCCCACACACGAGACCACUGGACAGUUAAAAAAACAACUGAAGAGCAAUGUGAGACAAGUAGAGAAUGUGAUGGGAUUUGACUGCGAGUUUCUCGAGCCUCCACCUGAAAUUCUCCAAAGUCGUUGUCCAAUUUGUCUCCAGAUUAUUCGAGAACCAUAUCAGGUUCCAUGUUGUGGAAAGAAGUAUUGCCAAUCGUGUAUCCAAACUGUCAAGAUCAAAAACAAGCCUUGUCCAACUUGCAACACAGAAGGUUUCUCCAAUUUCCCUGACACAGGACACAAGCAAUCGCUCUAUGGUUUGAAAGUUCGCUGUAGCCACCAGAAAGACGGGUGUGAGUGGACGGGGGAACUGAGACAGCUUGAUGAGCACCUCAACACAGAUCCACUGCCAGAGACACAACUCGAUGGAUGCCGCCUGACAAUCAUCAACUGUGACUUCCACCACGUAGGCUGUGCUGUGAAACUCCCUCGACAAGACAUGCCAGAACAUGUGAGAGCAAGUAUCCACCAUAUAUCACUAAUGGUUACUGAUCAUAUGACACUAGCCAGCGCAUAUUCAACACUGCAAAAUGCUCACACUAAUUUGGAAAAAGAUCACAAGAAAUUGGCUGCAAAUCAUAUAUUGCUAACGAAAAGCCAUGCAACAUUAGUUGAAGAACACGAAAGUUUAUCGAGUAGCAGCGUACAAACAUUGUGUAAAUACGAAGAGCUGAAGGACAAUUGCGCUAAAAUCAAAACAGACAAUCAGCAACUGAGAACCAAAAUAGAGGCUUUGGAAGGGCUCAUACGAUCUCCACUUGCCGAUCCUCCUAGGACGGAAACCAUACAUAUAGUGCCUUCAGAUGGUAUUGUUAUGAACAACUUCCAACAGCACAAGAGAGAUAACGAUCAGUGGUACUCCCCUCCAGUCUACACCCACCAUCAGGGCUACAAGAUCUGUCUCCUUGUGUUUGCUAACGGCUGGGGCGAUGGUAGAGGAACACACAUCUCUGUGUUAGUGUACUUCAUGAGAGGAGAGUUUGACGAUUCUCUGAAAUGGCCGUUUCGAGGCUCAAUAUCGAUACAAUUAGUAGACCAAAACGGACAGCCUAACAAUAUAGACACUAUUGUCUAUGACGACCGUGUGCCCAUAGAGCGCUGCAGUCGUGUGAUGUAUCGUGAACGAGCUAUUCACGGUUGGGGGAUUAGCAAGUUUUUCGCUCAUAAUAUGCUAAAGAAACCUCUUUUUAAUGAUAAUCAGUUGAUUUUUAUGAUUAGUGGAGAGGUCAGAGUGUGAACAGAACGUACACUGUAGUGCUAGGAUUACACCAUCGUUGUAAAUUAGGAAGUACGAACUGUCUCUCUAUAAUUAUAAUACAUGAACAAAAUUUUUCGUGAUAAUCAACGAGUUAAAA